AUGAGUAGAAAUAGCUCUAUUAUGCGGAAAGCAUCGAGCGAGAAUGUUGUCUCAAUGGAAACAUCAGAGGCAACAAUGGAACAACAAUACAAAAUAUGUCCAUAUGGAUGUUGUAAAACUGAAAGUAUAACAGGCUACGUUUUUCAGAAAGGUUUCAUGGAGGGGCUUUAUUCCGAUGUCAGGGUGAAUGCAUUUGGGAAAUCAUAUAAAUUACACAAACUUUUCCUUGAAAGAAGUCCUUACUUUAAGUCAUUGUUCGGCUGGUCAACAGAUAGUGAUAGUGAGGAAUCGGGGAGUUAUGAGAUCAAUGAUGACGUGAGAGAGAACGGUGAUGGAUCCAAUCUUUACACGCUUAGCUUUGAUGAUGAUGAGGAAUGUACACAAAAGAGUUUUGAGCUUGCAUUGGCAAGAUUGUAUGGGUCAGCCAACAUUGAAGAGGAAAAUAAAAUACCGUACAACAUGAUUGCAGUAGGGCAAUAUCUUGCAAUUAGUGACAUUGUUUGCACGGCCACCGAUUACAUAGUAAAGCAAAUGGACAUGAGCAACAUUUCGGAGAACUUGAGGUUUGCUACAGCUAACAAUUACGGAUCUGCUAGCGAGAGAAUUAUUCAGAAUGGCAAGGGAAUUCUAUGUGCAGAUGGCUGGGAAUAUGGACCAGCAAAAUGGGAUGAGAUCCCGGAGUCAGUAAUUGCCGAAAUUGUUGGUGAGGACUAUUUCUUUGUUCCGACUGAAUGGGAUAGGUGCAUUUUUAUCAUAAAGCUUAUAGAAAGGCGGUUGAUGGUUUCUCCCACUGAUAGGGAGAAAGUUAAACUUCUUCGUAAAGCUUUAAACGAGAAAAUUCACUUUUGCCACAUGACGCCGGAUCAACUCCAGGAACUGGAAUUGCUACGAGAUGCAAACGGUGCCCAUUACAUAAACCCCCAAGUUCUUCACAAUGCUCUUUGGAGGGCCAUGCAGAUUAAAAGACUAGUUUUGGAAGCACCAAACGUUCCACAACUUGAAAAUGUCGUCACCAAUCCAGUUCCACCAACUGAAGACUCAGUAUGGUAUAAGGUUCCCCAAAAGGAUGACACAAUAUCUGGACUUCCUGCAGAGCUGGAUGAACUUUUAUAUACCAAUGAGCCAACUAUUUCUAACAAUCAGGAGGCGCUUAAGGGUGAUGGAAAUGCAAAAUCGACUCAAGGUAGACACAUGGAAGAGCAAGACAGUCUGAAAAGGUAUUGCUGGACGAAAUUUCCUUCAUUUAGGUUCUCCGUUUCGUUUGCAAACGUUUCCGAUCUUUUGCCUAACAGAAGAGUAUACGCAAAAACCUUCUGGUAUGCCGGAUCGUACUGGAACCUCUAUCUACAAAAAAAUCGGAUCUCUUCUCGACACUCAUACCAAGUUGGUGUUUACCUUCAUAGAGCAAGCAGUUCGUCUUUAUCAUCUCCACCCAAAAACGGCCUUGUUAAUCCAGAUAUAUAUGCAGAUAAUAUCAAUUACAAGACUGGUCCAAUCAGAUACAGCGCUAACUCAUCACUGGAGACGACUAACGAACUAGAAACGCCUGCAAAUGCAUCAUCUUUAUCGACACCUAUUCCUAUGAAGCCUGAUUCGGACUCAGGCGCCUCAUCGAUGGAUUCGACCAGAAUAAUUACCAACACGGAUCAGAACGAACUAAAAGAGCAUAUCAGCGAGGAUCCACUAACAGCUUUUAGUGAGAUGUCUAUAUCAGGUAACUACAACGAAAUGAGCCCCAAGAAAAUGGGCUACACAAAUGGAAAAUCCGGAAAAAGCAUUCCAGGAACGAACUACGAGGACCACAGAGAUUCAAUCAGAGUAUACUUCGUUAUAUUCACGCCAUCAAGGCGGAUGAAGCCUACAAUUGCUUCGUUUCUAUCUGUCCCGAAUGACUUCAGCAGAUCGCAAAGCUGGGGGUGGAAAAGCAACAGCAUGUGCGUUUUUAAUGAAGAUGGCACUUUCCCUGCCAACCACAGCCCACAUCUCAAAUUCAUGAUUGUGCUCGGAAAUGUUUGA